CCUUUUCCCAGACCUCAUUUAAGGUUGUCAGUGGAGGCAAAGACAUCUCUUGCUGGAGAUCUCUGCCUAUCUGAGGCUUUCCAAAGGUGCAGGCAAAACACCUACUUUGGGAGGAGGAUUCCAUGCGAAUCUGGGAAAGGAGUCACGAGCACAAACUCUACAGAAUGGAAAACGUCAGAUUCACCACUUAGGAAACCAGCUUCAACUCAAUCAACAUUGUCUGGAUACUGCCUUCAAUUUUUUCAAGAUGGCUGUAAGCAAGCAUCUAACCCGGGGGAGGAAGAUGACGCACGUAAUUGCUGCGUGUCUCUACCUGGUGUGCAGGACAGAAGGAACUCCUCACAUGUUACUGGACCUCAGUGAUCUUCUUCAGGUGAAUGUCUAUGUGCUGGGAAAAACUUUCCUUCUGUUGGCAAGAGAACUCUGCAUAAAUGCUCCGGCCAUAGAUCCGUGUUUAUAUAUUCCUCGUUUUGCCCAUAUGCUGGAAUUUGGGGAUAAGAACCACGAAGUGUCCAUGACGGCUCUCAGGCUACUGCAGAGAAUGAAGCGAGACUGGAUGCACACUGGCCGCCGGCCGUCCGGGCUCUGCGGGGCAGCUCUGUUAGUGGCAGCGAGAAUGCAUGAUUUCCGCCGCACUGUUAAAGAGGUCAUCAGGGUGGUCAAGGUUUGUGAGUCUACGCUAAGGAAAAGGUUGACAGAGUUUGAAUAUACACCAACGAGUCAGCUAACCAUAGAUGAGUUUAUGAGGAUUGACUUGGAAGAAGAAUGUGAUCCCCCUUCAUUCACAGCUGGCCAAAAAAAGCUGAAGAUACAGCAGCUUGAGAAGGCGUUAUCAAAAAAGCUGGAAGAUUUUGAAGGUGAAAUAUCAAGCUAUCAAGAUGAAAUAGAGAUUGAAUUAGAAAAUAGUAGACCAAAAGCAAAAGGCGUAUUUGCAAAUUUAUCUAAAAGUGAUUCUAUAGAAGAUAAUACAUUAAGCAUAUUUGGAGAAGAAGAGGCAGAAGAUGAAGAACUGGAAGCAGCUGCUAAUCACUUAAACAAAGACUUUUGUAAUGAACUUCUUGAGAAAGAUAGGUUAAAACCAAGUGAAGACGGAGAAUGCAAAAAUGGAAAUGAAGCUCCUGUAAGACCGCCUGCACUGGAAUCCUUACUUGGCCCACUCCCCACUGCAGCUAGUCUUGGCAUUACAGAGUCCAUAAAAGAGUGUAUUUCCUCUAAGGACCGAGAGCCUGGUGAAAAUACAGGAGAUGGUGAAUUAGAUCUCAGUGGAAUUGACGACAGUGAAAUAGAUAGGUAUAUACUUAACGAAACAGAAGCUCAGAUAAAAGCAGAGCUGUGGAUGAAAGAAAAUGCAGAUUAUUUGAAGGAACAAAAAGAAAAGGAAGCAAGAAUAGCAAAAGAGAAAGAACUUGGGAUUUAUAAGGAACACAAGCCAAAGAAAGCUGCAAAGAAGCGGGAGCCAAUUCAAGCCAGCACAGCAGGAGAGGCAAUUGAAAAGAUGUUAGAACAGAAGAAAAUCUCAAGUAAAAUUAAUUAUAAUGUGCUAAGGGACCUGAACAGCAAAGGAAGUAACACACCAAAGAAAGAGGAUGACAGCACUGAUGACAGCACCAACACCAAGAAGCUGUCAAGAAGAAAAUCUAUUGCCAGUAGGAAUAUAGCCAGCCCUGUAAACAGUGUGGGAAAAAGGUGCCGUUUGGACUUCAGGCUCUCUCAAAACCUAGGAAAAGAACCUUUUGAUUCGCACAAAGAGGAAGAAGUUGUGUUUUUCUUAGAACUUCAAAAGCACAAAAUGAAGAUGAAAUAGGAAAAUCGAGAAGUAAUUCAGAAACACUGAAAGGUGCAGACUGAUUAAACUGCAGGGAACAUUCACAUAUCAGCUGUUUGGUCUCCUGAAGAUCAAUACUGUGAGAUUAAUCUAUGAUGCUGUGGCAGUCUAUAAUAUCUCUAACGUAUUAUCUUUCAGAAUAUUAUUACUGGACUAAAAAUAGGUCGUUUUAAAUUUUGAAGAUAUUGGAAUACUCAUCCUGGUGUUCUGUAUUAUUUCAUAAAAUGGAUCAAGGGCGUUCUUUGUGUGCACAGAGUACAGUACUCUUUCAAAACAAUAUUGAAGGGUGAUCAUGUUAUUCCAGCAAUCUUGUCCAGCACGGUUAUGCUUGGAUGGACAUCAGAAAAGAAAAAAAAAAAGCAGAGCUUGGAGAAAGCAAAAUGUGGUUGGUUUAUAUCUGAUGCUCGUUCAUUAUAAAGAUCUCAUCCCUCUUCACUGGGAGAUGAAGAGAAAGAAGUAGAGCAUCUGUGUCAUCACAGCUGUGCUCAGUGAGAGCCACAAAAACAACCUGAAAGUUUUUGUGAUGACUUCUGGUCUUUGUAAGUUGGAUUCUGGGGUUUUAUAAUUUGGUGGAGAGGGAGCAACAUUUUUAGUAAUAGACUUAUUCCUGUGCUGAUAGACAAGUUAUGAAGUUUGGGCUAAUUAUAAUUUCCUGUGUCUCCAUAAGUGGAUUUGAAAUGACUUUGUUUGCUCUUAUGCUGUAGCAACUUUUUUUCAUUUAUUCUUUUUCCUUUCAAGCAACUGAAUG